AUGUCCCAGGAGAGUGAGAACCCCAUGAGGCGUAUCCGCAUUGAGAAGCUCGUCCUCAACAUCUGCAUCGGAGGAGAGGGCGACGCGCUGACAAAGGCUGCUAAGGUCCUCCAGCAGCUCACCGACCAGGAGCCGACGUUCUCCAAGUCUCGCCUCACCAUCCGCGGCUUCGGGAUCCGCCGCGGUCAGAAGAUCUCCACACACGUCACCGUUCGCGGCGAAAAGGCCCGCGAGAUCAUCGAGCGCGGCCUCCGCGUCAAGAACUUUGAACUGCCCUACUCUUGCUUCUCCACCACUGGAAACUUCGGGUUCGGCAUCACGGAACACAUUGAUCUCGGGAUCAAGUACGACCCGUCCAUGGGUAUCUAUGGUAUGGACUUCUACGUGGUCCUUUCUCGCCCCGGGUUCCGCGUCAAUAAGCGCCGGGCACAGCAGCAGCACGUUGGUGCGUCGCAUAAGAUAACCCCUGAUGAGGCCCGUGCCUGGGUUGAGCGUGAGUUCGAGGUUGUGUACACCAAGUAA